CUACCUCCUAAACCAUUCAUCGAUAAGGCACCAGUCUAUCAUUUCCGCCAUUGAAUUGCGUCGUGUGCCGUUACGAUUGCUUCCUUCUUGUACUAAGAUACCAUUGUAGUCAAAUACUAGAUAUACAUCGCUACUUCGUUUUACCUCAUUCGAGAAACUUGCACGGUUUUGCCAUAUCAUCUUACAAUUGUAUAGCCACGCAUGGUGACGGCCCUUCAGGCUAUCUUCUUAACCUUUGCCGACUCUCUUCGAAUCGAAUCUCCGAUACCCUGCCUACGAAACUGAUAAUAUCAACACUCUAAAAUAGCCGGAGCUUACUCUCCAAAAUGCCUCCACCACCUCCUCCCCCACCGCCGCUCCCAGGCAUGGGAGGACCGCCACCGCCUCCUCCACCACCCGGAGGGUUAUCACGACCACCGCCAUCGGGCGCCGGCCGAGGUGCCUUACUCACCGAUAUAACGAAGGGAAGAGCCCUCAAGAAGGCCGUUACGAACGAUCGAUCUGCUCCCCAAGUUGGCGGUUCGUCAGGAGGUGGAGGUGGAGGAGGACCGCCUAUGGGAGGAGCGCCCCCUGUCCCGGGCCUAGGUAGGGCUCCUGCAGUUCCAAGUGGUGCACCACCAGUUCCAGGAAUUCCGGGAGCGAAUAGGGCAAGAAGCAAUAGUGAUUUUGUAGGCCGUGAUAGCGGAGCGUCAGCAGAGCCGGCGCCUCAACUGGCAGGCUUGUUCGCAGGCGGCAUGCCGAAAUUGAAGAAACGUGGCGGAGGUGUAGAUACUGGGGCAAACCAAAAUGCAUCCUAUUUAUCCGACUCCGAGUCCUCACCAAAGCCGCCGUCGAUACCGAGACCGCCUAUGGGAUCAGCACCGGCCGUUCCCACGUUACCAGGACGUGCAGUGCCCGCGGUCCCAACGGCAGGCACCCACGCUUCUGUAGCACACCUUAGAAAAAUGCACAGCGAUGUUCCACGACCGAUCUCAUCCGUCUCGCUGUCCUCUUCGAAAGGCCCACCGCCGCCGAUCGGGAAGAAACCCCCUCCGCCUCCCGGAUCCAGAAAGCCUGCGAGCUUGUCGUCACAUGCUCCCCAUCCUCCACCUCUACCCGGGUCGCAUGCGCCGCCAGCUCCCCCGCUUCCGUCGACAUCGGCACCCGCUCCUCCAGCAGCCCCACCUCCACCACCAUCAGCUGCACCCGCACCGCCGCCUCCUCCGCCAGUAUCCGCACCCUCUAUACCCCUGGCGCCGCCCCCACCUCUAGCCGCGUCUCAAAGACCACCUGCAGCGCCGGCACGCUCACAACCCCCACCCCCACCGCCAACUGCAGCACCUUCAAACGUACCAUCACCAAACAUCGCCCUCCAAGCCGCCAUGCGCGCAACUGCAACGGGAGGCCGCUCCUCCCCAACCUCGAUGCCACCCCCACCACCCCCCGCAUCCGCGCCUUCUCAACCGUCACUAACCAGAGAACCAUCAACCUCAAACCGCGCCCGCGCCGGGUCGACCCUGCGAUCAAUGCUAGACCCAAGCUCCUACACACUCGCCCCGAACGGCGGCGGCAGCAACAGCAAAAGCCCAAGCCCGACCCCAACAGGCAGCGGGGUGACCAGCCCGCGCGAGCCACGCGAGCGGUACAUCGUCCAGGACAGCCGCUGGCGCUUCAAAGACGAAGCCGAGUUCCCCAAGCCCCGCCACUUCCACGGCGGGCCUCGAAAGUACCGUGCCGGUCGCGGCAGCAGUGUUCCCCUCGACCUCGGCGCGCUGUAGAGCGGUGUGAGGAGGUGGAGAAGUCGGAGUGCUGUGGCGAGGAUACGGGGGGUUCUUGGGGGGACGGGGGUUGGG